AACUGAGUUGUUUUCAGAAGCUGACGUGUACUAGCAAAUAGUUGAUAGUGUUAAUGUUCAGAUCUCCAUUCGGUUUUUCGUCACAGAAUAAUUUUGUUCAACUAAUAUUUUCAGCAAAAUGCUUAAAUUAGGUUUUUUACUAUUUUUAAGCAUAUUCGUGUUGGGCGAUGCCCUGCGAGCUAUAGAAAAUCAUUUGUCCAGUGAAGAUAGUGUACGUCUACAGCAAGUCUUCGUUGAUGGCAUCAAAUCUAAUGACUUACAAGCAAUCUACUUCAGUGCGCUCAAUCUCAAGGAAUUAUCAGCACAAGAAAAGAGCAACGUUUGUGAACGACUCCUCUCAUUACACGGCGAAUCGAAGUUGAAUGAAUUUGAAAAGAACUUUUAUUUGGUCGGUGCCAGUAAACUCUUAUCAUGCUCAAGUCCAGUUCCAGCCGCCAUUUUAUCCACUGUUAAAUCAUCAUUGGCAAAGGAUACAACUACAGCACAUGAACUUUAUUACAAUUACUUCUCUAAUAAAUACGCUGGAAAUGCCGUUGAUGAUGCAACCAAAACACGCAUUGCAACCAACUUGCAAACAAUUUUAAAAGCGGACGAUUCGUUGAGCAAUCUCGGUCAUGCUUUCAACAUUGCCGCUGAAUUGGGAACAAAGGCAUCUACUUUGUCAAAAUGGAUCGAAGGAACUAUUGCACAAGCUGACGAAAUCAAUGGCAAACAAUUGCAAUUCGAAGGUGGUUUAAGCAUCACCGCACUAAUCAUCAAUGGAGUUCUGAAAUUCUCAAAAGCUGUUGGCGGUGCUGCUCCAUUGACUGAAGACCAACAGAACAAGUUCAUUACAUACUUUUUGUCACGCAGUGUUGUCUUACAACCAAAAGGUGCAUCACUUUUGCUCGAAGUUUUGUCCACGAUUGCAACCGAUCGUAAGACGGCACCAAUUGGAAUCUCAUUCAUUGGAAAUGGACAAGUGUUCCCAGAAGCUCAGGAGUUGAAUAUUCAAAUUGUCGAUAUUUUAGGCGAGCCAGUUCAACCGGCCAUUUCAUCUGUCACCGGUUCAAUCACAUCGAAAGCAGAUAACUCCGUUUUGGGUUCAAAUCUUGCAUUCACCCCACGUAGUUCCGAUCGUACCGCAUACAGUUUGAAUUUGAAAUCAUUAAAAUUGAAACAAGGCACAUACACCAUUGACAUUAAAGCCGAUACAUAUACACAAACGUUGGUGUUCAAAGUGUUGACCCAAGUUAAAGUGGCCAGCCUUGAAAUUGGAAUUGGUGAAUCGGACAGUUCAUCGGCUAUUCAAAAGCACACCGUUGCCUAUCCACAGAAAUUGAAUGUCGUUUUGAAUGCCGAUCAACAACAAAAGAUUCUCGUCAAGGCAUUGCUCGUCGAUGAAAUAACAAACAGUCCAAUUACGGUGCAUCAAGCAUUUGUUUUGUUCGAAGAUGACAAGAAAGCACGUGAAGUGAUCUUUGUGGCUGAACAAGAUACGUCGAAAGCAUACAAAUUUGAUUUGGAUGUUGGCGCGCGGGCAGUUUACUUCCAACACAAAUCUGGUGUGUAUUCAUUGGAAUUGAUUGUUGGCGAUUCAUCCAUUUCAAACUCAUUCCGCUGGCAUUUGGCUGACAUUGAAUUGAAAUUCCAUGAAGUAAAAGAACAAAGUGCAUCAAAUGUGAACCAAUCACGCACACCAAAACCAGAGAUCAUCCAUCAAUUCCGUGAGCCAGAAAAGCGUCCGCCACGAUUCGUGUCCGAUGUCUUCACUGUACUUUGUGCCGUGCCACUAGUGGUGUUGUUCUUCUUGUGGAUCAAACUCGGAGUUAAUGUUUCAAACUUUUCGUUCAGUCUGAGCGGAAUUGGAUUCUUUUUGAGUUUUGGCGGCAUUCUUACUUUGUUUGGCCUCUUUUGGUAUCAAUUAAAUAUGUUUGAAACAUUGGGUUAUCUCAUUCCAUUGGCCAUUUCAACAUUUGUAUUUGGAAACCGUUUCUUACAAUCCAUCGCACGAAAACAAAGCGAACACAAAAAAACUGAAUUAAUACGUUCACCUCUUCACAGUGAUUUGAUUCAAUUGAAUCAGAUUUGCCGAUUCAUCUAUCGAGCUGAUGCGCUUGAAGACAACCAUACUAUAUCGGCAAUAGCUGGUUUCGCAAACGGCGAAUCAACUGAAUUUAAUUUAAUCAAAUCGUCAUUAAGACCAGUUGAAGAGCAUUUGUAUAAACACGUCAUUGAAAAACGCCGAAAGAAAGAUAAAUUUCACAAUACCGAAUCGAACACAGUUAGUUUCAUUGGACCUAUACAGAUGAAAGGCGGAUAUAAACAAAAAUUCAACAUUUUCGUAGGCUUCUUGGAUCGUUCAUUUUCAAUUUACAGAAACCAAUUGCAAUUUUUUACGGUGUUAGUGUUCACAUUUUUAAUUGCAAUUUAUUCAAUCAUGGCAAACAAAGAAGUUAAUGUCACCAACUUGGCCGAAGGCAUUUCCAAAUUUUCCGCUGAAUUCUAUCAGGAAUGUACAAAAUCAACCGGUGGUGAUGUAAUAAUUUCACCGUUAUCUGUUGCCAGUGCACUUGGUCUAUUGGCGCAAGGUGCAAACGGAAAGACAUUUGACGAAUUAUGUAAAGGAUUACAUUUGACGCAUGACAAAGAGACACAAGCCGAUCAAUUUGCCGUGCAUUAUGAAUCAUUGCAAAAAAGCAUUGGCGAGUCAACAUUGUCGAUUGCCAAUCAAUUGUAUGUCCAAGCUGGCUAUGAAAUUAAGAAACAUUUCCAAGAAGUGGCAGUGAAGAAAUUCUCAUCGGGCAUUGAUUCGUUGAAUUUCGCACAAUCCGCUGAAAGUGCCGCAACCAUAAAUCGUUUUGUGGAACAGAAGACAAACAAAAAAAUUAAGGAUUUGAUCAAGCCUGAAAUGCUGGACGCCGUAACACGUUUGGUCUUGGUGAAUGCCAUCUAUUUUAAAGGUAACUGGGAACACAAAUUUGAUCCGAAACGCACCACACAAGGCGAUUUUUAUGUGAGUGAGACCGAAACCGUUCCCGUCGACUACAUGCACAUUAAGAAAAAAUUCAACUACGCUGUUUUGGAUGAAUUCGAUGCCACGGCACUUGAAAUGAAGUAUGUUAAUUCGAACUUCUCGUUUGUGGUCGUUUUGCCGAAUGAACGCACAGGCCUAUCGGCUCUUGAAGACAAAUUGCAAAAUUACGACUUGGCUAAAAUCACCGAUAAAAUGCACCGUGCAGAAGUGGAUGUCACCAUUCCAAAAUUCAAGGUCGAAUACGAAAUUAACUUGAAUGACGCUUUGAAAAAUAUGGGCAUGGCUGAUAUGUUUGGCCAGCAAGCUGAUCUGAGCGGACUCUUGGAAUCAAAUGAGCCGUUGUACGUGUCGGACGUAGUCCAUAAGGCAUUUAUCGAAGUGAAUGAAGAAGGUGCAGAAGCUGCUGCUGCCACAGCCGUGGUUUCUCGCAAAAAGCGAAGCCUAAACACACCUAUCGCUUUUGAAGCCGCCCAUCCAUUUUUCUAUUUUAUCUCAUCGCUAGAGAGCACUAUAUCUUUGCCCAUUUUCCUCGGAUCACUUCUAAAGCCUAUCACAGAUAGCUAUCAAAUGGAACACGAUGAACUUUAAAUUUCUUAGUUAUUGUUCAUCAACCAUUUGCCACAAGCUCCACUUCAUAUCUUAUAAGUAUUUUUAACGAAAAUCCAUACUUGAAUUUUUUUGUCAAGUAUCGCGGUCUUCUUUUUUACUUGAAUAGAUUAGAUUAGAAUAAGAAUUCUUGGUUUGAAUAAACAAAGGAAACAGUA